AUGUUCUCCCCCUUGGGCCUGUUUCGAUCCUUAGUCUGUCCUGAGAAGGAUAAAUGCACGCGCGUUCCUUGUAUUUUCUCUCAUCGUGAUGACCUUCCACCACCACAUGCUCUGGACCUCACCAUUCACCUUCCGGAAGUUCCAACGCAAGCACGGCCGUGUAUAGCUCCAACAACUCAUCAACCACAACCGCAACAGCGUCUUUCGCUCACUCCUGCAAAGCGUCCGCUUCCUCACACUCCACUCGGAAAUGAUUCCACUGUGGCGGCAGAGCCUCCUCGAAAGCUGCAGAAAGUUGGUUCCGCACAGCGUCCUCUUGCGAUACCCUCUGCGUCUCAUACUGAGACUGGAGUACCUAUUCUCAGAGUUCUUCCUGCGCAAUCGCUGGUUCCGAUUCCCAUUCGCGCACAGACGAUGCUGAAGACCUUAUACGAUCACUUUGUCAUCCUCUACAAACCAAUUGCUCCUAAAAAUCCUGCCCUUGCCUCAGAACAUGCCCUCAGGCAAGAAGAAGAAGUCUAUAAGAAGUCCAACAAGAUGUCUUAUCGUAAUGCCGUCAUAAACUGUGUUGCUGCAUUGAAGCGACGACGACCACCAGAUUCAGUUUCUCAUACUUCCGUUGGCACGGAAGAUGACAUUUUCGCCCGUGCAGAGGCUCAGAAAUUGUUGGUGUCGCUCCGUGUAUCUCGCCUCAAAAUAGAACAGCUCGUUCACUCGAUAGCGGAACUAGAAAAAUGGGGAUAUAUUGUAAAUCCCCCUUCAGGCCCAGGAGGUGACCAACCUAGUCUCGAGGGCAAGGUUUCCAAAUGUGAACGCUGCGCUCAGCCUUUUCAAGUGAAGCGUAUGGAGAAAGCAGACCAGUGUGUUUAUCAUUGGGGUAAACCUUAUACCAGCCGUGUAAAUGGAGAGAAGACACGCAUCUAUACCUGCUGUUCGCGCCCUGUUUCGGACUCAGAGGGAUGUGCUCAUGGGCCACACGUCUUCUACGAAUCCAAGGCGGAGGACCUACACGCCCGACAUCCUUUCUCAUCUUUGCGUCCCCCCGGCUCAACUGAGGUGUUAGAUGUAGUUGCGAUGGACUGUGAAAUGAUAUACACUACCGGAGGAAUGCGUGUUGCUCGAGUCUCCGCGGUUGAUGGAUCUGGUGUCCAGGUUUUUGAUCAACUCGUUCGAAUGGAUGAAGGUGUGCAAGUUAUCGAUUAUAACACUCGUUUUUCGGGCAUCACGGAGGAGAGCUACAAGGGUGCGAUCCUUUCCCUGGCGAAGAUUAGAGAAUCGUUGAAUUCACUGAUCGAUACCGACACCAUUCUCAUCGGCCACGCCCUUGACAACGAUUUAAAAACGCUUCGCAUCAUUCACCACAAAUGUGUGGAUACGGCUUUACUCUUCCCUCACCGCGCGGGCCCUCCAUAUCGGAGGUCGCUGAAGGACUUAGUUCGAGAAAAGCUGGGGAAAAUGAUUCAGACGGGCGAUGCGUCAGUCGGGCACUCUUCACUUGAAGAUGCCAGCUCGACUCUCGAUCUCGUGCGGUGGUAUAUACUCAAUGAACAGAAUCCUACAGCACGGAUAACUGACUGA